CUGCUCCAUUCAUUUUCGAUUUUGUACCCGGAAAAGUAACGGUUUGACGUGUAUGCAUGGUACCUUGUGUUUCCGGUACAUCGUGUGUGUUCAGAAGUAUUCAGCCUUUUUCUCUUGGCUUUCAAUAGAACAGUCACUUCGGACACCUGGCUCCUUACCUGUUUCUUCCCAAACUGCGUAUCUAACUUUGUGGACAUGGCAUCAUCUGUUUCGGCACAAGCUCUGGCGAAUCCAGCUCCAGUUGCUGCACUCCAGAGAGGAAUAGUCAAGAUGGUCCUGUCUGGCUGUGCGAUCAUUGUGCGGGGCCAGCCACGGGGCGGCCCGCCCCCCGAGCGUCAGAUUAACCUGAGCAACAUUCGUACCGGUGCGCUAGCCCGUCGUGCCCCCCAGAGUCAACCCGACCAAAAGGACACCCCAGAUGAGCCUUAUGCCUUCCAGGCCAGAGAAUUCCUGCGCAAAAUGCUGAUUGGGAAAGAGGUGUGCUUCACCGUGGAGGUCAAGACUGUUCUGGGCAGAGAGUAUGGCAUGGUGUACUUGGGCAGAGACACCACAGGCGAGAACAUUGCAGAGUCUCUUGUGAAGGAGGGCCUCGCCAACGUCCGUAGGGAAGGAAUCCGGGGGAACAAUCCAGACCAGGUCAGACUGUGCGACCUGGAGGACCAGGCCAAGGCUUCCAAGAAGGGCAUGUGGGCAGAGGGCGGCGCCACCAACACCGUGCGUGACCUCAAGUACAGCAUCGAUAACCCCCGUAACUUUGUCGACUCCCUGCACCAGAAACCCGUCAAUGCCGUCAUUGAGCAUGUGCGGGAUGGCAGCAUGGUCCGUGCCCUGCUACUGCCCGACUGCUACCUGGUGACCGUUAUGCUGUCUGGGAUAAAGUGCCCGACCUUUAAACGUGAGAUGGACGGCACCGAGACGCCGGAGCCCUUUGCCGCGGAGGCCAAGUUCUUCACAGAGUCGCGUCUGUUACAAAGGGAUGUGCAGAUCAUCCUUGAGAGCUGCCCCAACCAAGUCAUCCUAGGCACCAUUCUUCACCCGAACGGGAACAUCACAGAGCUCCUGCUGAAGGAAGGGUUUGCCCGCUGUGUGGACUGGUCCAUGGCUGUCUACACACAGGGAGCAGAGAAACUCAGAGCCGCCGAAAAGUCUGCAAAAGAGCGAAAGGUCCGUAUCUGGAAGGAUUACGUGGCUCCCACGGCCAACCUGGACCAGAAGGACAGGCAGUUCGUAGCCAAGGUGAUGCAGGUGGUCAAUGCCGACGCCAUUGUGGUCAAACUCAACUCUGGCGAGUACAAGACGAUCCACCUGUCCAGCAUCCGACCCCCCAGGAUCGAGGGAGAGGAGAAGAACAAAGACAAAGACAAGCGUUUCCGGCCCCUCUACGACAUCCCCUACAUGUUUGAGGCUCGCGAGUUCAUGAGGAAGAAGCUCAUUGGCAAAAAGGUGAACGUCACCGUGGACUACAUCAGAGCCGCCACCACAGCCUCGGAGACCAGCAGCGUCCCGGCCUUCGCAGAACGCACCUGUGCCACGGUCUCCAUCGGGGGCAUUAACAUUGCAGAGGCAUUAGUCAGUAAAGGCUUGGCUACAGUCAUUCGCUACAGACAGGAUGAUGACCAGCGUUCUUCCCAUUACGAUGAGCUAUUGGCUGCAGAAGCACGGGCCAUCAAGAACGGGAAAGGGCUGCACAGCAAGAAGGAGGUUCCUAUUCACAGAGUGGCUGAUAUCUCUGGGGAGACACAGAAGGCCAAGCAGUUCCUGCCGUUCCUCCAAAGAGCAGGCCGUUCCGAGGCGGUGGUAGAAUACGUGUUCAGUGGCUCCCGACUUAAACUCUACAUGCCCAAAGAAACCUGCCUCAUCACCUUCCUUCUUGCCGGUAUCGAGUGUCCACGCGGCUCAAGAAACAUCCCAGGCAACACACAAGUGGCCGAGCCCUUCAGCGAUGAAGCUAUGGCCUUCACCAAGGAGCUGGUGCUGCAGAGAGAGGUGGAGGUGGAAGUAGAGAGCAUGGACAAGGCUGGCAACUUCAUCGGCUGGCUUCACAUCGAAGGUGUCAACCUGUCUGUGGCGUUGGUAGAGAAUGCCCUGUCCAAAGUUCACUUCACGGCUGAGCGUAGCUCCUACUACAAGACCCUGGCGUCUGGGGAGGAGGCCGCUCGUCUCAGGAAGGAGAAGAUCUGGGCCAACUACGAGGAGAAACCAGUGGAGGAGGUGGUACACGUGUCAGAGGAGAAAGAACGCACCGCCAACUACAGAGCGGUCUACGUCACGGAGAUCACGGACGCCAUGCACUUCUACACCCAGGACGUGGAGACAGGCACCCAGCUAGAGAACCUGAUGGAGACAAUGAGGUCAGAGAUCGCCAGCCAGCCCCCCGUGGAAGGCUCAUACGCUGCCCGCCGAGGGGACUACUGCAUUGCCAAGUUUGCCGAUGGAGAAUGGUACAGAGCCCGUGUGGAGAAAGUCGAAUCGCCAGCUAAGGUCCACGUAUUCUACAUCGACUAUGGCAAUAGAGAGGUAGUACCGUCCACACGCCUGGCAGUCAUUCCCCCAGCCUUCAGUACCAGGACUCUGGCUGCGCAGGCCACAGAGUAUGCCUUUGCGUACAUCCAGGUCCCACAAGACGAAGAUGUGCGUGCUGAAGUCGUGGACAACCUGGUGCGGGACAUCCAGAACACCCAGUGUCUGCUCAAUGUAGAGUACAGCGGGGCUUCCUGCCCCCACGUCACGCUGCAGUUUGCCGACUCCAAAGACGACGUGGGCCUCAACCUUGUCAAGGAGGGCAUGGUCAUGGUGGAGGUCCGGAAAGAGAAGCACCUGCAGAAAAUGGUGACCGAGUAUCUCAAUGGACAGGAUUCUGCUAAGAGUGCCAGGCUCAACAUCUGGCGCUACGGAGACUUCCGCGACGAUGAUGCCGAUGAGUUUGGUUAUAAACUGAAGAAAUGAAAAACGCCACACGUUCCAAAGACCAACACCCAAGAUGAGAUGAAAAACAGAAAACAAAAAGACAAGCAUUCUUCUAUUCCUUUUAAUUCAACCUACAUUCAUCCUUCCAGUCCCCUCUUCUACAGAUCCUUCCCCCAUUCUGACUCUAAAAGAGCAUGCAAUAGCCAUUUACUCACCAUAAAACACUGACUCUCCGAACCACUUUCUGGGCCUUCCUGUUCUACUGCAGUUCCUUAUGUUUCUUGCCUCGCUUUGGCACUCCGUUAAUUGCCAUGUCAUCCUAUUUUCAUGAUUUAGUGAUGUCAUCUGCCCCUUUCAACCAAUCAUGCGCAUUGCUACCUAACCCUAUCACCGCCAAUCCAUGCUAUCUGUUCACAGGGAAAGUGGAGGGGUCUACCACAACAGGGGAUUCAUUCACUUUUAUUAACAGCUUAGCGCAGAGAGAAAUCCUUCCUAAAUCAAUGAUGCUAGGCCGAAAAAUGUAAAUGGUGUUUAUUUUAAAAAGCUAGAUUCAGAGCCACACAGAGGGGAAAAAAACAUCAGAAUAUUUUUGUCCUUUUGACCAUCUGUGUGAUAUGACAUUUAUGUAAGGAGUCUUUCUCUCUCCUCGGCCAGAAAGCCUUGAAAAAAACAUUUUCUCUACUUUCUCCUCCCUUUCUUUCUGUAAUGUUUACAUAUUGUAUGAUCUUGACAUUAUGAUCUGUCUUUCGUGGUCUCUGUUCCUGUAUGCAGAAACAGUGUUUGAAUUUGUUUCCGUAUUAAAACUUCUGCUUAAUAAAAAUGAGCAAAUUAUAAAAACAAA